AUGAAUGAAUCUGUUACAGAUAAUAUCGACAUCGAAAACGAAACAAAAGUUGUAGAAACUUUGAAACGGUUAUUCCCAAACGUGUUUAUACCGUUUGAUGGUUUACCACCUUCAAGAGGUAAACAGUUUGAUAUGACAAUUAAAUUAAAAACGGAAGAGAUUCCCAAAUCAAAGUUAUAUCCUGUACCAAUAGCACACUUAGAAGAAUUAAAAAAACAAAUUAAUGAUAGAUUGAAUAAAGGGUGGAUCAAGAGAUCUAGAUCCCCAUUUGGUAGUCCUAUCUUAUUCGUCUCUAAACCAGACGGUGGAUGGAGACUUUGUGUCGACUACAGAGAGCUAAAUAAAAUUACUGUUCGUGAUGAUUAUCCUCUUCCAAGGAUUAAUGAAUUAUUAAAUAAUACAAGAUUAGCUUACUGGCUAUCAAAGUUGGAUCUGUUAGACGGAUACCAUCAAAUUCGUAUCAAUGAAGGCGAACAAUACAAAACUGCUUUUAAAACUACAUUUGGUACAUUUGAAUAUACAGUAACACCGUUCGGGUUAGCCGGAGCAGGUGCUAAUUUUCAACGAUUAAUGGAUCACAUAUUCCAGUUGGAAAUUUUAAAUAUGAAAAUAUGUGUAUAUCUAGAUGAUAUAUUAAUCAUGACUAAUUCAGAUAGUUUAGACGAUCAUAUCAAUGAUUUGAUCGAAAUUUUUAAAAUUUUACAAAAACAUGACUUUAAAGUCAAAUUAUCGAAAUGUAAAUUUGCUAGACGAGAAAUUGAAUUCUUAGGUCAUGUAGUUGGUCGUGGAACAUGUCUCAUAGUUGAAUCUACUAUUGCAAAAGAUCGUCAAUGCAUCAUCGAUCUCUACAAUCAAAGACUUUUUUGUCCAUUUUGGAAUAACGAUGGGCGAACAUCAGAUGAUCGAUUAUUCUUCUCUCUCUUUGUGUUUGAAGUUAUUGUUAUUGUUAUUGUUAAUGUUACUGUUAUUGUUAUUGUUACUGUUGACUAUCUCAAAUUAAAUAACUAUUGUUUGAUAUUGCUAUCAAAUCUUGCAUUCUUAAUUGCUUAUGGUAGAAAUCCAUCUACUGUCGCUGACUUGGCAAUUCCUUUAAAUAGAGAACCAAGUGAUACAGUGAACGAUAAUGAGAUUGAAUCAUUAUUAAAUUAUACCUCUACAAUCAUUAUAAAUGUUAGAAAUAACUUAAUUAAGAUUAGAAACAAGAUGUUGUCUAAUUAUAAUAAAAAUAAAAAGUAUAAUGAUUUUAAGAUCGGUGAUAAAGUGUAUGUAAAGGAAAAGAGACCUUCCAAGAAGUGGAACAAAUUAGAAGCAGUAUACGCUGGUCCCUAUGAGAUCAUCGAUAUUGACAAACAAAAUUUAAAUAUAACUAUAAGAGAUUAUAUCUCUGGAGUUUCAAGAAUUAGAACAACGUCUAAAACGUUGCACGUAAAAUACUUUAAACACGCUCCAAAGGAUGACGUGAACGAGAGAGAAUACAUUCCAGUAGAAAAAUUAGAUUCUUUUCUAAAUAAUGAUGAAUUAAUAUCCGAUGUAAAAAUGUCUGAUAUCAGUAAUGAAGACGAAAUCACAGAUGAAACUAUGGAUCAAGACGACGUAGUUAAUCAUCAAGAUGAAAUUAAUCAAGACGAAGAUGAUAUCUCUGAUCUUGAAGAUUUAAAUGAUUUGAUGACUGAUAUAUCAAGUAUUGAUUCGUCAUUAGAACCUAAAGGACAUUUUUCAGAUUUACAGUUAUCGAGAAUCUUAAAUCCUGAAAAAAAUACAUAUCAUAAAGUUAGAGAAAUUUUAAAUAAUAAUAAAUCUAGCCCAAAUACAUUUAUAAAUCUUUUAAGAACUUUAGAAGAAAAGGAAUCAGUAAUAGAUUACCCUCACAACAAAGUAACAGAGGAAUCUAACCUUUUAAUAAAUAGUAUUAUGAAAUUUGCAAUAUCGCCAGAAUUAUUCGAAAUGAUUCAGAAAAGAUCAUUUAAAAUAGUAUCUAAAAGAAGAUUAACUAGUAACACUGAUUAUUUAGUUAAAAUAAGUAAUACUGUUGGAUGGGUUUCAAGACAAAUCCUCGCCAAACAUGCAUCCAAACAAAUCAACGAUUUCAACAAGAAAAUCGACAACCUCAACCCUGUAG